AUGUCCCUCUUCAAAAGCUACCUGGGCCUUGGCCGCUCCAACUCUACAUCACAGCCCAAAGAGAACGACAAGAACACAGUCCGCGCCCUACCAGCAUCAUGGUAUACAUCGCGCGACAUGUACGAGCUGGAGCGGCGCGCCAUCUUUUCCCGAAAAUGGCUCCUCACCACGCACAAGCUCCGUCUCAAGAACUCGGGUGACUGGCUGCGGUACGAGAUUGCCGGGUUCCAGUUCGUGCUGUGCCGGGACCGGACGGGCUCCAUCAACGCCUUCCACAACGUGUGCCGGCACCGGGCGUUCCCCGUGGUGACCGAGGAGCAGGGCAACAACAAGGUGUUUUCGUGCAAGUACCACGGCUGGUCGUACGGCAUGAACGGCAAGCUGGCCAAGGCGCCGGGCUACCAGGACAUGGAGGAUUUCGACAAGGCGCAGAACGGGCUGCUGCCGAUCCACGUGCACAUUGACCACAACGGCUUCAUCUGGGUCAACAUGGACGGCAAGCCGGAGCCCGAGAUUGCGUGGGACGACGACUUUGGCGGCGUCGACACGCAGGAGCGGCUGCUCGAGUACAACUUUGACGACUACGAGUUUGACCACGCGUGGGAGAUGGAGGGCGAGUACAACUGGAAGAUCCUGGCCGACAACUACAACGAGUGCUACCACUGCAAGGUCGCGCACCCGGACAUUCCGAGCAUCGCCGAUCUCGAGGCCUACAAGGUCGAGGUCAAGGACUCGUGCAUCGAGCACUAUGCCAACUCGACGCCCGAGCAGAUUGCGCGCGGCUUCAAGGUGGCGCCGACGUACUUUUUCCCCAACGCGUCGAUGAACGUGACGCCAAACUUCUUCUUCACGCAGCGCUUCGUGCCCAGCGGCCCGACCCAGUCGGCGAUGAAGUACGAGGUGUUCCGGCACAAAAACGCAGACGACGAGGCCUUUACCACCAUCAACGACAUGUACAAGCGCAUCAUGUCCGAGGACAAGUACCUGUGCAUCAACGCGCAGAGGAACCUCAGCGCCGGCGUCUUUGUCAACGGCGAGAUGCACCCGACCAUGGAGAAGGGACCGCUCUUCUUCCAGCGCAAGAUCCGCGAGACCGUCACCGAGCACCACGCCAAGGAGGUGCGCGCCGAGGCUGAGAUUUGGCCGGCGCGGCAGACGCUGCCGUGUGGCGCCGGCGCCAGCAAGGACGUCGACUUUUGCGCAAAGGUCGACUGCCACAGCAAGACGGCCAACAAGCUGGCGGCGCAGCAGAUGAUUGAGGUGUAA